AUGACUAUUUUUGUAAGUUUUUUUCAUAUUUUUCAGAGUUUACAUAGAAAUAUUUCUUUAGAUUUUCUUGGAAAAAUAAGAAAAAUAUGUCAAUCAGCAGUACAAAAUGAUUUUCGUGCGUUUAGAGUAUGUAUUAUUGGAUCUGGCCCAGCAGGAUUUUAUACUGCAGAUAGACUGCUAAAAAGUAUUCCUAAAUGUGAAAUAGACAUGUAUGAGGCCCUUCCUAUGCCUUUUGGAUUGGUACGUUUUGGUGUAGCACCGGAUCAUUAUGAAAUAAAAAAUGUUCAGAAUCAAUUUUCAAAGAUUGCAGAAUCUAAGAAAUUUCAUUUUAUUGGUAAUAUUCGCAUUGGAAGGGAUAUUUCUUUGCAACAACUUAAACCUCACUAUGAUUGUAUGGUAAUGGCAUAUGGAGCAUCAAAAGACAGAGAAUUGGGAUUGCCUGGGGAGGGAAGUAUUCGAGGGAUUUAUUCUGCUCGAUCAUUUGUAGGAUGGUAUAAUGGUCAUUAUGAAUUUCAAGAAUUAAAUCCAGAUCUGGAAUCUACUGACCUUGCUGUUAUUGUUGGACACGGAAACGUGGCAUUGGAUAUUGCUAGAAUAUUACUUGUUGAUCCAAGCAUUCUCGAAAAAACGGAUAUUACUGAAAAAGCAAUGGAAUCUCUUAGGAAAAGUAAAAUCAAGCAUGUGAAAAUUAUUGGACGUAGAGGCCCAAUGCAGAUGUCUUUUUCAACAAAGGAGUUACGUAAACUUACUGAAUUUUCAACAAUAUCUUUUUGUACACCCAAUUUGGAUUUGUAUAUUAAUCAAUCAUUAUUAUCUAGCGAUCUUGUUCGAUCUAAAAAGCGACUUUUUGAUCUUUUGUUAAAAGAGAAUGUUUUAAAUCCUAAUACAAAUAAUAAGUUAUGGUCUCUUGAAUUUUUGCUUUCUCCGCAUCAAUUUCUGAAAUAUGAAUCAAAACCAGAUACAUUAUUAAGUGUAUUAUUUGAAAAAAAUAUACUAAGAAAAUGUCCUGAUGAAAAUAUAUUAAAAGCUGUUGGUACUGGUGAGAUAAUUAAUAUAAAUACAGGUUGUUUAAUUCGUAGUAUUGGAUAUAAGGGUGUAGCGAUUGAAAAUAGUGAGGAUAUUGGUAUACCUUUUGAUACUAAUAAAGGUAUUAUUCCUAAUGUUUCUGGAAGAGUAAUAUCAGGUUAUAAUGCAAAUACCUCUGAAACUUCUGAGCUUCCUGGAAUAUAUACUAGUGGUUGGAUAAAAACGGGUCCUAUCGGUGUAAUAGCAAAUACUAUGUAUGAUGCUUAUGAAACAUCCGAUUGUAUUAUCGAAGAUUGGAAAAAUGGAAAAUUGUUUUUAAACCCUACUGGUAUUGAACUUAAGCCUGGAUUCAAUGCUCUUUUGUCUUAUUUUAAAAGCAAAAAUAUUCAAUAUAUUCAAUGGAAAGACUGGCAAAAACUUAAUGAUUUGGAAAACAAAAUAGGAAAAGAAUUAGGAAAAGUAAGAAAAAAGUUCACUUCAAUAAAAGAAAUACUUGAAAUUAUAAAAUAA